GUACGGGGCGCAGGCGCUGGGGGCUACAGUCGUGGCGCGGGCCGCCGCGCCGAGCUGCGGGGCCUGCUCGCCACAGUUGGCCUGCCCCGCACCUUCGACCGUCUCCUGCCCCGCCUGCGUCUGCGCGGGUGCGGGCGGGCACGUGGUCGAGCCCUCGUGCCUGGGCCUCGUCUCGGCCUACGCGGUGGCCGCGCUGACUGUCGGCCUCGCCGUCGGUACCGUUGGAGGUCCGAGACGCUCGAGCCCGCGCCCCAGCGUUGCAGUGAUGGCGGGCAGUUUCCACGUGCUGCGCUACCGCGUCGGUGGUGUACCCCUCUGGCACGAGCGCCUCGUCCUCGGCGUCAACGGGGGCCUCGCCUACAUUCUCACUCCCGACUUCGACGACUACGACGAGCCCAUCGUCGUCGGCCCCGGCGUGCGGGCGAUCAUGCAGCUUGCGGGCCAGGGCGACACGCCGCCAGCCCUGGCGGGGGUCGCGGUGCACCGCUUCCGCCGCCUCCCGACGGCCGCGGGGCUGUGGGCGGCGGUCGCUCGCUCGGUGGCCGCAGGUUACCCGAGACCAGCCGACCCUCUGCCGCUGGCGCUCGCGGCGGGCAACGUCGCGGGCGCCCCGCCUGGUCCCUUCCCGCUGGCGGACCCCGCGGCGGCCGCCGCCCUGCCGCCUGCGGCCUUGCCGCCACCUCCUGGCGGGGGAGGGGUGGCGCCGCCUGCGGGGGCCGCGGUCCCUCUGGCGAUGCCCCCUGCGGCCGCCGCCGCUGCGGCGGCCCCUCUCGGCGUCGCCCCUGGCGUCGCUGCGCUGGCCGCCGCGCUGGGAGCCGUCCCGCCUGGGCCCGUGGGGGUCUUGCCGCUGGUGCCAGCGCCUGCAGUGGAGGCUGCGCCUCCUGCCGCCGCCCCUGCGGCGCCCGCCCCCGUUGGCGACUUCAGGGUCCUCCCGAUGCAGCUCAACCCGAGGGGCGAGCGAGAGAGGAGGUUCGGUGAGACGGUCAACGCCCUCUCGGGGACGCCUGUGCAGGGCUGGUGGCUCACCUCGAUGGCGUUGCCCGACGAGGACGAGUACGCGAAGCUCCACCAGACCCUAUGCCGCGUCCUGGACCUCGCCGUCGUGUACGACCAGCUGCAGAUCGCCGAGAUGGCCUCGUUCGAGGUCGUCGCCCGCCAGCUCCAGCUCCUGGAGGAGCGGGUGUACGAGACGCGAUCGGCGCCUCCGAGCGGCGCAGCCCCCAAGGCCAAGGCCGCGGCCAGAGGCGGCGCCUCAGCUGGACCCUCCAGCUCGCCUGAGACCAGCUACUUCCUCGGCGCAGGCGUCUCAAAGGCCAACCUUUGCAUCUCACCAAAAUUGCUGGAGUACAUGGCAGACCAGAUGAAGGCGGAGGCCGCCAUCAGCAAGGAGCGCCGCAAG